AUGAAACUCAUCUUGUUCGUCGAGCCGCCCGCGGUACACGAAUACUCAAUUAUCUGCAAGAAGCUGCGAAUUCGAUCAAAGUCUUCAGAUGAUCACAUACUGAGAUGGUACUUAUCGGAGAGCACGAGGGUGCUGCGAGAGGAGUUUCGCCGGCUUUCAGCUGAGUUGAAGACCGACCUGCCUCCAUUCCAGUCUGAACUACGAGAAUCGCACAGCAGGAUUCAAGACCCUCAGGGUCAAUUCACUCCUACAUUGGCAGACUUACCAACUGUCGGGGCGGAGGCAAUCCGUAUCGCAUUUAGGACCGGCAUCGUCAUGCAGCAGAGAGCCCGGCAGCUCGAACCCCAGACCACAAGUACCGCUCUUAACAGUUGGACUUUGAAUGCUCAAGGCGCUAGCGAAGACACAAUCCGAGAUGAAGUCCAGGAUUUCAAUGCCUACCUGGGACUUCCUGAUUCGCAUCCCAGUCGAAUCUUUUUAAGCGCUAUACAUGGAGUCGACAAUGUCAUGAUUUCUGGAUCUCCUUCCAAAUUGGGCAGACUAAUGCAGUGCGGGCCGCUAAAGGAUGCAAGUCAUGCACCUGCAUUGCAUAUGCAUUGGGGCCCAUCUCACGCACCCCAUUUGUUCGACCAGAGCCACGUUCUUUGGGUUGUCAAGGAAAGCAAAGAAACACUUCGAGGACAUGAUGAUCUUCUCAAUGUCGCUAACAUAAUAUCUCCCAGUGAUGGGGAAUUUAUGGCUAGUCGCACAGUCUUCGAACUCUUUCAGGCCGCAGUUAAUGAACUAUUAACGAAACUGACUCGCUGGGACAAAGUGGCCGCAGCUCUUUGUGAAUCGCCAGCUUUAAGCGAUGAAACACAGCUCAUUGUUGAGAUAGUGGGAACUACUCAUAUCACCGUGGAUAAUUUAAUACACGAGAUUUCAGCCAUCUAUCCCGGCAUCAGGUCAACACUUCAUGAUUUAGGGAAAUGGAUCGAAGAAGACAAAGCCUUUCCCGGCAUUGGAUCAAAGAAGAUUGCUAUCGUCGGCAUAUCAUGUCGUUUUCCAGGCGGAGCGAAUGAUCCAGAGAAGUUCUGGCAGUUGCUGGAAGGGGGACGUGAUGUUCAUUGCAAGGUCCCAGCAGAUAGAUUCGAUGUUGACACCCAUACCGAUAUUACGGGCAAACGUCCAAACACGAGCAUGAGCCCCUUCGGUUGCUUUAUUGACCAACCUGGAUUGUUUGAUGCUGGUUUUUUUGACAUGUCCCCCCGCGAGGCUGGACAAACCGACCCUACUCAUCGCUUGGCUCUUGUCACAGCUUAUGAGGCUCUUGAACAUGCUGGAUAUACCCAUGAUCGCACACCGUCAUCCAACAAACUCCGAGUUGGAACGUUCUACGGCCAAUGCUGUGAUGAUUAUCGCGAGGCAAAUGCCGAACAGAACGUCGAUACUUAUUUCAUUCCUGGCAAUUAUCGAGCCUUUGCGCCCGGUCGGAUUAGCUACUUCUUCAAGUUUAGUGGUCCAAGUUUCAACUGCGACACGGCGUGCUCUGCAAGCCUGGCCACAAUUCAGAUUGCCUGCACGUCGCUUCUCCACGGUGAUGCGGACAUGGUGGUUGCAGGGGGAGUCAAUAUCCUCACGAACUCAGAUAGCUUUGCUGGCCUGAGCAGAGGAUAUUUUCUCUCAUUGACCGGCGGCUGUAAAGUCUUUGACUCCAACGCGGACGGUUACUGUCGCGCAGACGGGGUUGGGUCUGUCGUGCUCAAGAGACUCGCAGACGCGCAGCAAGACAAUGACAACAUACUGGGCAUCAUUGUUGGAAGUGCGACCAAUCACUCUGCUAAUGCAGUCUCCAUCACCCAUCCUCACGCGGCAACACAGGCCAACCUUUUCAGGCAAAUUUUGACUCAAUCAGGUGUCAGCCCACUGGAUGUGGAUGUGGUCGAAAUGCAUGGUACGGGGACCCAAGUCGGCGAUGUGAUCGAGAUGGAAUCUGUUACCAGCGUUUUUAGCCCCCCGGGUGUGGAACGAACACACCCAUUGUACAUCAGCUCCGUGAAAGCCAAUGUCGGGCACGCGGAGGCAGCGGCUGGGAUGGCAGCACUCAUCAAAGUUCUUCUGGCAUUUCAACACAAUGAAAUUCCUCGACACGUUGGCAUCAAAACAGCAUUGAAUCCGCGAUUCCCUGCACUCGACGACUUGAAUAUACGCAUCCCACAAACAAACACCCCAUGGCCCAGAAGUUCAACGCGCAAGCGAUAUGCUAUGGUGAACAAUUUCAGUGCGGCCGGAGGUAAUACCAGUCUUUUAUUAGAAGAACCUCCUGUCAGGCCUGAUCCAAAAGGCUGGGCGUGCACAAAUUUCGUCGUAGGGGUCUCAGCCAAGAAUAUCUUCUCUCUGAAAGGAAACUUGCAAAAUCUCAUUGAUCACUUAGAAAGCGAUCCCACCAUUCACCUCCCCAGUCUAUCUUAUACCACUACAGCACGUCGAAUGCAUCACCCAUAUCGUGUGGCUGCUGAGGGUGCGACAAUCCAGCAGAUCACCAAUUCCCUUCGUCAGCAAUUGCAAACCAACGAUUCUCAGAGGCCAGUCUCAAAGACCCCACGAUCGACUGCAUUAGUUUUCUCUGGUCAAGGUAGUCAUUAUGUUGGUGUUGGCCGUCAGUUGUUUGAAAAUCAACCCGUUUUUGGAGACGAAAUUAGGCGUCUGGACGAGAUCUGUAUUCUCCAUGGCUUUCCAUCUAUUGUACCGUCAAUCGCGACCAAAACUUCCGAUUCAAUAGAGACAGAUCCUGUUGUGAUCAAUUUACUGGCAGUUUGCAUUGCAAUGGCACUGUGUCGCUUAUGGAGCAGCCUUGGAGUGACUCCUGGAAUGGUCAUCGGUGCCAGUCUGGGAGAAUACCCAGCAUUGUAUGCAGCGGGUGUUCUCUGCGCCAGCGAUAUCAUAUUUCUUGUCGGUCAACGAGCAAUGCUGCUCAAGGAACUCUGCACACCAAACACCCAUGCCAUGCUCGCAGUCCGGGCGACCAUUGACCAGAUUCGGAACAUCGCACAGGAUAUACCAUUUGAAGUGGCCUGUCUCAAUGGACACAACAAUAUUUCGAUCGCGGGAACUGCCGACAGCAUCUCAAAGGUUCAAUUGGCCCUCACAUCGUGCGGUUAUCGAUCAACCAAGCUCAAUGUGGAGUAUGCCUUUCACUCUUCGCAGAUUGAGCCAAUCCUUGACAGGUUUGAAAAGGUCGCCCAAGCAGUGACAUUCAAAGAGCCCCAAGUACCUGUACUAUCACCAUCCUUGGCAAGCUGCAUCAGCGAUGGAAAUACAUUUGACAGUCAUUAUCUGCGGAAUAUGACACGACUGCCUGUGCAAUUUGUCAAUGUGCUUGAAAAGGCUCAAGAAUUGGGUGCGAUUGAUUCCAACACGAUUUGGAUUGAGAUUGGAGCCCACCCAACGUACAGUAACUCGGUUCGUGCGGCAUUUGAGAAACCUCCUCUCAUUUUCCCAAGCUUGAGGCAAGAGGAAGAUAAUUGGCAUACAUUCGCAAAGGGAAUGGCAGAGUUAUACCACGCAGGCGUGGAAUUGAAUUGGAAUUCUUGGUAUCAGCCCUUCGAGACUGAGCUACGUCUUCUGAAUCUUCCAGCAUACCACUGGAAGAAUAAGAAUCACUGGAUCCAGUAUAACGGUGACUGGAUGCUUGUCAAGGACAAAGGGUCUCGCAGCCCUCAGGCUACCGGGAUCAUGCAUGAGCCUUCUUUGCGCACAACCUUGAUACACCAGCUGGUAGAGGAGAGUAUAUUGGAUGACAGAGGCACAGUGACUGUUCGGUCCAAUAUUGUCGACUCGGAUUUCUUCCGUGUUGCGUCAGGUCAUAAGAUGAAUGGCCGACCCGUCGUGUCUGUGUUUGCCUAUACCGACAUGGCCUUGACAUUAGCGAAUUAUCUUCACACAAAUAUUCGGCCAGGAGCACCUUUGCCCGCAAUGGAUUUUUCCAACGUGCAGAUUCUCAAAGGCCUGAUGCCCCAUGAACAUCAGACGGGGACUCAAAUUGUUCAAGUUAAAGCUUCUGCAGACCUCAAGCGAGGCGUGAUCGAUAUGUCGUGGUAUCACCUCCUCUCUGAAAAUAACCAAGAGUUGGUCGCAACUGGUGUUGUGCAACUUGAAAACUCGCAAGUAUGGAUGAAAGAAUGGGCAGAUCUCACCCAUUUACUUACCAGUCGAAUCGAUAUUCUCAACAAGAUGGCAAACAAGGGCCAGGCUAGUCGCCUAUCGCGAGACCUGAUAUACACUCUCUUCCAGACACUUGUCGAGUACUCCAAACCCUACCAUGGAAUGCAGUCCGUCGUUCUCAACGGUAUGGAGGCCACAGCAGAGGUUAUUCUCAGCCCUCCAUCCGAUGGCAAGUGGACCGUCUGCCCGCAGUUUAUUGACCCCAUUGCUCACAUCCGAGGCUUUGCUCUCAACUGCGGCAAUGCUGCAGACAAUCGAAACAACAUAUUCGUGAUGGACAGUUGGCAAUCAAUGCGCUUCGCACGACCACUAACGCCGGGAAUCAAGUAUCAAACCUAUGUCAAGAUGCAACCUGUCCCUGAGAGCACAACACUCUGCAAGGGCGACGUAUAUGUCCUCGAAGCCAACGAGGUGAUCGGCGUCAUCGGAAGAAUGACGCUUCGGUCAUAUCCGCGAGUACUCCUCGGUCGGUUCUUUCCACGAGACGGACUCAAAUCGCUUGUAUCGGCUGGAGUGGGACUUCAUCGUUGUGUCGUCUCUUCUGAAGAUGAAAUGACUGUAUCCACACCGCCAACAGAUCUCUCUACAGUGACUCCAAGCCCAGUUGAAAGAGAAUGUUCCAGCAAUUUGCCAGGGCCAAGAAAGGGUUUCUCUGUUGGCAAUCAAGGGCAAGUCACAGAAAGUGUCGUGGUCGCUCAAGCAAUGGCUUUGAUUGCCUCUGAGACAGGAAUGGACCUGGAAGAUAUGACUGAUGAGACAUCGCUGUCUUCGAUGGGAGUUGAUUCCCUCCUAUCGCUUGUUUUGGUGGAAAAGUUCGCAACUGAACUCAACAUAGUACUGCAAAGUCAUGUGUUUUUGGAAUGUCCCACUGUCAGAGACUUUAAAAUCUCUUUGGCUGCGCUUUCUGGACGAUUUGGCUAA